AUGGCUGGCUGGUUGAGCUUCGUUUUGGUCGCGAUCGCGUUGACGAUCGCGAUCGCCGAGUCGAGAGUGAUCCCGGCUGAACCCGUCUCUGUCAUGCUGGACGCUUACGGCAACCCCAUAAUGGUCCUAAGAGAGAAAAGAACGGUCGUACACCCUUAUCCGCAACGGGCGAUGAUGUUCACCGGAUAUUACCGGCCGGUACGCCGUUCGAAUAACGGCGGCCAGGCGACUGGAGUCUUCGCUCAGGGGAACGCCGUGAGCGGCGAGGCUUUCUUCAGUGGGAUGCCGCACCUCGGGGGUGGUCCGGAGCCGAUCGAAGAAGUGUCGAGCGCCGAGGCGCAGGCAGCGCCAGCGUCCGAGGAGGCCUACAACGAGGAGGAGGAACGGCAGCAACAGCCGCCUCAUCGGGAACAUCAUCACCAUCAACAAGAGGAGCACCACCACGAACACCACCGACACGAGGAGGAAGAGCAGCCUCAUCGCGACGAGCAUCACCAUCGCCAUCAACAGGACUCUCAGGAACACCACGAGCCGGAGCAAGUCCCGUUGACUACGGAGAUCGCGCAACCGACGGAGGAACCGAUUGCGGCCAGCACGGAAGUGUCGGAAGUGUCGGUAAAACGACCGAAGGCGCACAACAAGAAGACGCAGAAGACACCGGUGAUCGUGGACGACGACAACGAUGACGAGGACGAGGCGGACGAGGAAGACGACGAACCGGUCGCGCCGUUCGUGCCUUUCAAGGGCAACAGACGUCGCCAGGGAUAUCCUAAUCUGAACAACUACUUUCCCAUGGUCUUCAGCUUCCCGAGGGCUGCUACUCGCUCUGGAUCCGCAGGUUCCCCUCCUGGAACCAUCACUGCUAUCGCGAAUAGCUACUCUACGGGGAAGGGCGGGGUCGCCAGCUCGGUGGCAACUGCGUACGGUGGAUCUCCCACUGGAAAGAAACGACGCUCGCAAUCCGAGGAAUAGCUCCUAGUGGGGCGAUUUCAUCGACAAGUUGAAAAACCGAGUCGUCCGUCACCGUCUGGACACCUGAAGGAUAAACGAAGCUGCGACCUCCGCCGGAUUCUUGCGCGUUAUUCACCACCAAUCUGCCGAUCAACUUCUCAUUCGUCUUUAUCUCCGAAUCCUGAACAUUUGACAGAAGAUAAGCCGCAGAAAUUUGGCGUAAAAGAAUUUUCGGCGAAGAAACAA